UCGACAUUAAGCUCUUUAUUUCUUGCAUCUUUCUUGUUACAAUCUUCUGAUUGGUUUGUUUUAGUUCUGGUCUCAACUCAGCACAUCCGGUUCUGACUCUUCAAGCCAGACAGAACCGAGCCUGGACCUGUUCCUCUGCUGGACCGGUUCUGUUGCUGAAGUUCUAGGCGACGCCCCCAGCUGGUCAUGUGACCUCUUCCUGUUGAUGGGCCUUAAAUCACCUUCACUUCCUCCAGAGGCAGAAACGCAGCGGCUGCCUCAGCCACAAGAAGCUCUUGUUGGAGAAGCCGAGGAUUGUGGGAGUUGUAGUGCAGAUUUUUCUUCUUCUUGUGUUUGGUGACGGCAGCAGGAUGUUCGGCAUGCUACUGCUCUGCUGCGCCUCCUCCGGUCUGCUGCGGCCGGCAGCCUCCCUGGUCCACGGAGGAAUCCGGCUGGACGACACCCCGCCGGCUGCUGUCCGCCCCGACGCCGCCUACCUGGCUGACAUCGAUAGAGGCCACGCCCCCAGCCAUCUUCAAGAUGGCGGUCUCCUUCCUGUGGACUCAGAGGAAGACCGCUUGCUGAUGGAAGCAGGCUCCAACAAUGAGGACUCGUCUGCGCUGCAGCUGCAAGGCAGAGCUGUGCGUUCGCCUCGCCGCUGCAUCCCUCACCAGCAGUUCUGUCUGGGUUACUCACUGCCCUGCUGCGACCCCUGUGACACCUGCUACUGCCGCUUCUACAACGCCAUCUGCUACUGCCGCCCGGUGGGCCACACCUGUCCACAGAGACCCACCUGACCCACCUGACCCACCUGAACCACCUGAACCACCUGAACCACAUGACCCACCUGAACCACCAGACCCACCUGACCCACCUG